AUGGCGAGUUCAACUCCGCAGAAUGUCAUUCGCAGGAAACUAGUCAUCAUUGGCGAUGGAGCUUGCGGCAAGACCUCUUUACUGAGCGUCUUUACGCUCGGAUACUUCCCAACCCACUACAUCCCGACCGUAUUUGAGAACUACGUAACAGAUUGCAGAGUAGACGGCAAGUCGGUGCAGUUGGCAUUAUGGGAUACGGCUGGCCAGGAAGACUACGAGCGACUGCGACCUCUCGCGUACUCGAAGGCGCACGUACUACUAAUAGGAUUCUCGAUCGAGUCGCCCGAUUCUCUCGAUAACGUGAAGCACAAGUGGGUAGAAGAAGCGACAGAACGAUGCCCCGGCGUCCCCAUCAUCCUAGUAGGGCUAAAGAAGGAUCUACGCGACGACCCCGUGGCGAUCGAGGAGAUGCGCAAGAAGAGCCUGAAGUUCGUGACGGAGCGGCAAGGCGAGCAGGCCGCGCAGGAGAUCGGCGCGCGCAAGUACCUCGAGUGCUCGAGCUUGAGCGGCGAGGGCGUCGACGACGUGUUCGAGGCCGCCACCCGCGCCGCCCUGCUUACCUUCGAAAAGGGCGAGGGCGGCGGUUGCUGCGUGAUAUUAUAA